AGCAUAGGCCACAUGCGCUUUUUUAUUUAAGUUUCAGCCUCACCACAGCUGAUCAACGUUACAGUAUUGAAAAAUUUGAAAACAAACUAAUGUACAGAUGAUUAGACGAACUGUAUAGAAUUGAGAACUACAUGCAACUUCAAACAGGUGUGAUUUUAAAGCGACUUAUACCAAGAACUGACAACAAUAAAAUCCGAGCUACAAGGACGAGAUUUAACUUCGUAGGUAAGAAGGUGUAGUAGCAUGGACGUAGAGUGGAGGAAUCAUUGGUUUUAUGAAGCGGACGGGGCGAACAACAACAUGUUGGACAACGAUUCAGAUUACACCAUCGGCCACAGAUCUGAUGUAUUCAACAACAAUGACAUAGCUGAAGCAAACUGCGGCGCCAACAACAACAGCAACAAGAACAACCACGACAACAAAGCUGACUGCGACAUAAAUGCGAAUACAAGCAAUCCUUUCCUGAAGUGUGUAGAUACAUGUAUUAAGAAUUCGAAAUGGAAAAACUUUCCAAUGCUCGAUUUUUUUCAAACCGCUCCUGAGGUUUCUAAUUCUAGAAUACCCAUGGAUUUCUCCCCUUACCUGCUGUCUGCCAGCCCACCAGGGUCAGGAUUUGACUUUAUGGGGUACUCCAGUCAAAACACUCACAGUCAUGUAGGCUUGGAUUCUUCCUUGCUACACGGUACCUGUCCUUUUCAUUAUAAUUCUAUGCAAAUGGCACCAGAGUCAAAUCUCAACAAGAGGAGGAAUGCACCUCUUAAAUCAAUCAUAAUUAAAUCUGAGAGUUCCAGUGAUUCUGAAGGUGAUGUUCCAACACCAGAAAGUCCUCAUUCCCCUGGGAGGAUUCAGAAAAAAGUAUCAUUUGCAGACCAUAAGGGUUUGGCAUUAGCACAGGUGCGAUUUGUUAAAGAGGGUCCUGAUGAGCCCCCCCACCUCAAUCCUGAAAUAUUAUCGUCCUUAACACUUGGUGCUAAUGCAGAUGUUACAGGCAAGCCUCCUAUCAAACUAUGUUUUGCCCAGCCAGCAUCAGACUACUUGGCAUUCAGAGACAAAAUCAACAAGGAGUUGGUGUCCUUAGAAAAUGUCAUACUUAGAGACUACACUGUUGAGGGUACCAUCAAAGUAAAAAACAUUGCAUUUGAGAAACAUGUUUUUGUAAGGCUGUCCUUAGACGAGUGGGAGAGUUUUGAAAACAUUGAUGCAUCUUAUGUGCCUGGGCCUGGCUUGAGCUACUCAGAGCCAUAUGACACUUUCUCCUUUACUAUGGAAAUCUCUCCAACUUUUGACAUUUCCAAGAAAAUUCAAUUUGCAGUGUGCUUUGAAGAAAAUGGUAAUCAACACUGGGACAGCAAUGGUGGGAAAAAUUAUUGUAUUAUUUCAGAAAAUUAUGAAUCCUGCAACAGAUCAUUACAGCAGAGCCCAUAUUUCAACCCAAGGUGGCUGCCAGAAAAACAAACAGAAGCUUGGACAGAGUUUUCUGUCUGGAGAGAUGUUGACUCGUCAAGUCCUUACUACUGAAGACACACUACACUUGUUACUGUUGCAAACCCCACGAGCAAGCUUCUAACUUGUCUCACUCAGCACCCAAGCUGCAAACUUAGUUUAAGCAUUCAGUGCUUGUAUAAGCUAAGAAGAGUGCAAAACUAACCAGUAACCCAGUUAAGGGUUUUAACAAAGAUAUAUCAACGUUUCUACUUCCAGUAGAUACAUCCCAACCGUAGCCAAAUGUGUAGUUUUGAGCUAACACUAAAUAACACAUUUUAAUCAUACCAAAGCAUUAUGAAUGUUGCCAUUGUACUUAACUUACCCAUGCAAUAUUUUAGUUGUUCCCUCAAUUUUUUAUAGACUGUCUACUGUCUGUGUAAUUAAAGAAAUAUGAGGGCUGGCCUUUCUUGAGUGCAUUUUUACAAUAAGAUUGAUGGUAUAUUUUUUAAUCAGUGUACACAACAACAUUUAAAGAGAGAGAGAGAGUAAAUUGAUUUGUAUGUAAUUUGCUCAAUUAAAAAAAAAAUAAUUACUCAAGCUCUUUAUGUUUAUUGCUCGUUAAAAAUGGUAGGGUCUGCUUGUCAUAUUUUUUUGUUUGUUCUGCCAGAUAUGAUUGUAACAAGUUAAAAAUUGUUUUGCUGAAGUAUUAUUAGUCUUUUUUGUUUCAUGUGUAAAAAUGCAAAAAUUAAGGUUAUUAUUACGUGUGUGUGAAUAUGUAAAUGUUAACA